AUGGAUCAUCAUCAAUCAAGGCAUUUAAUGUUUAAUCUAUCCAAGUUUGAUGACUGGAAAGUGCGAAUGCAGGCUCACCUAUCGGCUAUACACGAUGAAAUGUGGGACGUUAUUACGGAUGGACCUAUCGAAAUCAUGAUGGUCAACCCAAAUCAUGCAGCUGAAGGAGGAGCUACUGCACCCGAGAUGAUAACAAAACCCAAACCCUCAUACAGUCCAGAAGAAAGAACUCGAAGCAAUCUUGAUAAUAUUUCCAGAGACAUAUUAUACAAGACCUUGGACGAGACAUUGUUUCCAAGGGUGAGGAAGUGCAAGACUGCCAAGGAGAUAUGGGAAACUCUCAUGCUUAUCGGAGAAGGUGAUGAGCAGGAAAAGGAGAACAAGCUAACAAUUGCCAUGAAAGGGUUUGAGGACUUUAAAAUGGCACCAACCGAGUCGAUAGCUGACAUGGAAACUCGGUUCAUGAAGCUACUAAGUGAGGUAGCAGAUUUGGGAAAGUAG